AUGCAUUGUAUAAAUGCAUGCCACACUGCAUCACCCUUCCCUCAAGUCUUUCUCACCUCACGAUCAGAUCACAAAACCAAAACUUCGCAUAUACCUUAUUUCAAUUAUCAGUUCAACCGUACUGUGUGUACUCUCACGCAACCAUCCACCAUGGGAAUUCCUACACGGGGAGAUAAAAACCGCAUUAGCAAGUGCAAACUUGCGCCAAGAAAAAAGUGGACAGAGGCAGUCAAGGAAAAAAUUGUACAGUUCCUCACCAGCGAACAGCUCCUGCAUGGUCCAUUUGCUGAGAAACCGAAGUCAUUGCAAAGUGCCGCUCUACAAGAUGCCCUCGAAUGCACCCAAUGCAGAGAUUUACACAUUAUUCCAUAUAUGAUGAAUGCAGAUAUUGCUAAAGGCUCAUAUAUCACGUCGCAAUACCCACCUUUCUUCGCCAGCAAAAGCACAGUGGAUGAUUACAUCUCCCCUUUCGACCCGGACGUAGUAGUCCACGAAAGUAACAAUACGACAUUCUGGGAAGAUAUUACCCCUGCCCAACAACAGCGUUACUACGACAAGAUUGAUACCAUUCUCAAGAAGGCUGAGGCUGAGUCAGGCAAGCCAAUAGAUGAAGCCACCGUUCUUUUCGCCCACUACCAAGUGGAUUUCCACAUCCGCCAACACUACCUCACCCCCCGAAGUAUCCUGAAUCUAUGCCGCUCAAAAGAUGAUAUUAGGGCGCUGACCCACUGGCAAUGGAAGAGCGCCGUAGCAGAUGAGACAGCGUUUGCAGAAGUCCCCGACUGGGGUAUGGGAUGGGCGCAUGAGCCGAGCAAUUCUCUCGGCCACCAGAUUGCGGCAUGGCGGAUGGGGGAAAGAAGCCGAGAGAAGCACCUCGCGGAAGUGGAGGCCCGGUGGGCCGAGAUCAAGGACGAGAGACAAAAGCAGAGGAUGCGGACAAUCAAAAUUUUGUUCAAGGGCGAGCACAUUAGAACCUAUCAGUAUGAGCCGUGCGAACCGUGUCUGACAGAGAAGGAGAUUAUGGAUAUUACAACGGCUAGGGGUGAACAUUAUGAAGCCUUUUUGGACGCUAUGGAUACAUGA